AUGGAGAAGCUUAAGAUGGAAUACCCCGAUCCACGCAUUGAGCAAGUGGAGCUUGACGAGAAUCAUGUGAAUGCAAAAAUGUCUACAAACCCACAGAAGAUUGGUCACUAUCUUGGGUUGAUUCGUGCUAAUGAGAGAGGGCCUCAAUCUCGACCUCAGCUUAAGCCACUUGAUAUCGCUGAGGGAUUCCGCAAACUGGAAAGGGCGCGGGCACAAAUCCAAUCUCGACCGGAUACUACCCAGGAACUCCGGCUUGCAUCACUGCUUCUCGCCAACUUUGAGGAGGCCGAGACUUCACUGGUGGCCCAGACUGAGGAGGAUGUGCCGGGUCGAUUGACACCGGAUGCUCAGAUGGCAUUGCUAAUUCUUAUGGAAGCCGAGGCAAAAGCGGAAAGAGAGAGGGACAAAUCUCUACUGGCUCAACUACCGAGGGAUUGUAGCGAAACCAGGAGCUUUCGCGAGCAAUGUGAUGAAGCGUUUGCCAAGAGCCACUACUUUGCAAGAUGCAGGGCUACACUUCUCAGCGGAGGCAGGUUGGAAGAUGUUGAGCCAGACGAGUAA